GAACCAGAUUCUUGUUUACAGCCAAAAAUUAUGUGGCAUGUGUUUUGAAUGGCAAAAUUAAUAAAAAUACGCCAAACUUAAGGAUCUGAGUGUGCCGGGGGUGGGAAGGAAGGGAGAAAGGUGACGUAUCUUGUAAUGAGGCACACACAAGUACUCACACUCCACGUUAUCCUUGGCGCCCCGCCGGGCGUGUGCAAGUGUCCGUCUGUGCGGAAGUGUACCUUGUGCUCCACACCCCUCUGUUAUCUUUGCUCAAACACGUGUAUGAAAGGGUCUAUGGGGCUGAUAUUUCGGUUUUUUAUAGUUUAAGCCAUUACACACUACGUGGUAAUAACCUACCUCAUUUUGUUCUUCUCACUAUUCACAUCAUUUCUAAUGAUUACACUACUUGUCGGAAAUUAAUAAUAACGCCACAAUAGGCCUGGGAAUGCACAGCGCUCUCAUCUUUUUCCAAGUCCACAGGCUGAGACAGCUCUUGGGAGAGAACCAUGGACCAAGGAGGAGUGCGUAUGGUAGGGCUGCAGGGACGCAGAGGGCACAUGGCUCCUAGACUGGGAGACACACCUGCAGACCCUGAAGGAAUGGCAGGAGCUCAGUUGCUUGGUCGCAAGAACUUAGUACCACCUGAGAAGGUGGUGGUUGUGGGGCGGGACAGUGUUCGCCAGCUGACAUGUCGCAGUGCCCGAGCGUGUCCCCCAGCAGUGGUACUCACCCGAGCCCACUUGGAUGCUGUAAGACAUGCUGCUCAUGAGGUAAGUGAGGAUGCCCAGCUGCAGAAAGUAGAGGAGGCUCAGCAGGCAGCACUGGAGAUCCUGAGAAACAGAGAGGAGCGCCAGCACCACCACCAGCAGAUGGAGGCCAGGCAUCGCCGCAGGAGGCACCAGGAGGAAAUGAGGAGGCUGGAGGAUGAAUCAUCAGGAAAAAUGCCAAACCAGGACAAGAAAGAAGAAAGUGGGACAUCUCACCAAGAAAACCUAGAAGGAGAGGAAGAGGUGAAGGCAAUGAGAAAACUGGUUUUGGCUGCUAAAUGCCAUGCUAUCAGGGAAGCACAGAUAAUAGAAAAGAGGCACAUCAGUAAGCUGGAGAAGGAGGAAGAGGAGCGCCAAGUGAGGAUAAUGGAGGAAGCACGAAUUAAUGGUCUGAAGAAGGAGGAAGAGAGGGAAAUGAGGCGGCGUGAGGUCAACUUUUUGGCGGCACAGGCACUGAAUAAGCAAAUUGAAGAGCAGCAGGUCCUCCGGGAGCACAAGUUUAUUGAAAAGAGAAAAGAGGCAGAAAGGUUGACAAGAGAAGCAGAGAAAUUUAAAAUGGAAAAGGAUCUGGAAGAAAGAAAAGGAAAGCAAAAGAAGAGGGAAGAGGGAGAAGAGGUAAGAAAGAUGAGACUGCAAGCAGAAAUUCGAAAGGAGGAAAUGUUGAAGAAUAACAAGCUGCAGGAUGUCAGAAUGAUGGUGGAGAUCAAGGAAAAGGAGAAGAAAGAGCAGGAAAGGAUACAGCAAGAAUUAGCUGUCAAGAAAGUAAAAGAAGAUCUCCAGAUGAUGUGGCUCAGGGACCAGGAGCGCCAGCUGGAGAAACAGAAACAUAGAGAGGAAAUUAAGAAAAUACAGGAGCAGGAAAAGCUGGAGCGAGAAUGGCGCCAAAAGGAACUACGGGAGGCAACAAGCAAGGCUCUCCGAGAUGCAGAAGUCUCCCGAGAAAGGCGUCAGCAGGUUGAAGACCGCAGGAAGGCUCGCAUGGCAGCAGCACUGAAGAGAAAGGAAGAAAUGCUGAGAGUCACAGACCACUGGAUGAUUACUGAGGAAAGAGAAAGACUCCAGGAGGAACAUGCCAAGCAGUCCAAGGUAAACUAUGAAUCCAGAAUACGUGCUCAAAUAGAAGACCAGGAGGCCAGGAGAGCCAAGGAGACAGAAAAACUUCAUCAAGAGAAAGAGGAGGAGGAUUUGAAAAUGAAAAUGAAGCAAGCUGCUCUCACCAAACUGAAAUUGAAUACUAUACAAGAGCUUCGGAAAAUGGCUCUCCCUGAGAAACUCAUUGAAGACCUGGAGAAAAAACUUGAUCUCAGGAAGACCAAGAAAUCUCAGGACAAACUCUAACACAUGGUGUUUAAUCUCAAAACUACUAACCUACUAUAGACAUUACAGGUAUGUUAACAAAAUUUUUUUUCUGAAGCAGCCUGAUGGUAUUGUAAUUAAAUGGAAGAUUUUAGGAUUUAAAUCAUCAGGUAAGCAAAGACUGAUUGGGGUUGCCACCUUUUAUACUGUGCCCCUUGCUCAUGUAGCAGAGAAGACUGUGCAUAUGGGGAUGGUAAUUAAAGAGGUAUGAUCUUAAUAGCAGGAGCAGAGGUAGCAAUUUUACCUUCGUAAUGGGUGCAGGAUCCUGUAGGAAUGAAAGUGUGCAUGGAUUCUUGCCAAUUCAUUAUUUAUUGACACUCAGCCCACAGUAGUGGCUUGUUAUGGUUAGACAUGUCCUGCACAUGUCUGGUACUUGGUUUUACUAGUUUGGGAAAUACAGAGUGACUUAAACAAAAUGUAUGUGUGAUCAGAAAAUAAUAAAUGAAAUUCAGUGUUAGUUAGUGUAACACUUCCAUACCAUGGCCAGUGAAUUGUUUCAUGGAGAGUUGUCUGCUCAUCUCAUCAGUGGCUCUUAGGUUGGUGUUAUGGCCUCUUUUUUCAUGUCUCUAGUUAUUAAAUGAUUCAGUUAACUUUUAAAGCAAAUUAAACACUAUAUUUGAACAAAAACAAUUGUUGAUUGUUGAAACUGAUAGACAGACUUUGUGAUUGAUUUAUAUUCCAAUUGCUAGAGUAUUUUGAGUCAUGUAUAUAUUUUUAUUUAUAAUAAUAUGUUACCUCUCUCUCUCUCUCUCUCUCUCUCUCUCUCUCUCUCUCUCUCUCUCUCUCUCUCUCUCUCUCUCUCUCUCUCUCUCUCUCUCUCUCUCUCAAUCCUGUCCUGUGUUAUGACUGUCAGCUAGUUUUUCUCAUUGUAAAAGAAAAAAAAUUCUUCAUUUGCAAUACAAAUAUAACAAUACAUAUAAAAAAGAUAUAUGGGUCUUUAGCAGAAUAGAGCAAUGUGUGUAUUUACCUAGUAUUGUACAGGGCACAAGCCAAAGCUCAUUUUGUCUUGUCUCCAUAUCCAUAUUUAUCCAGUUUCUCUUUAAACAUGUGUACACUGUUUGCACAGCCACCUCUUUGUUUGCUACAAUCACCUCUUCCUUCAAAUCAUUCC